GAAAAUCCUCCAUAUACACAUCCAAUUAACAUAACUUGGUGAGUUUUAGAUGCUAGGAUUUUGAAUUAUAUAAGCUGGGAACAUACAAUUAACAUAACAUAACUUGGUGAGUUUUAGAUGUCCAUAGGAACAUACAGGAAACUGAAAACUAAAAUGAGUCCUCCACAUAUUCUAGUUAUUCCUUUUCCUGCACAAAGCCAUGUAAUUCCUUUACUGGAGCUUUCAUUAUGCUUAGUUAAGCAUGGCUUCAGAGUCACAUUUGUCAACACAGAUCAUACUCACAACCGGGUCAUCAACGCAUUACCGGAAAAUUCUAUUGGGGAUGGAAUCCGUCUGGUGUCGAUUCCAGAUGGAAUGGAAGCCGGGGAGGAUAGAAAUGAUAUAGGGAAGCUAUGUGCAGCAAUGCCGAAGGUGAUGCCGGGGAAGCUGGAGGAGUUCAUUGAAGAGAUCAACAGAGUGGAAGAAGAUAAGCUUGUUUUUGUGAUUGUUGAUGGGAGUGUUGGAUUUGCUCUUGAAGUUGCAGAGAAGAUGAAAAUUAAGAAGGCUGCCUUUUGGCCCGCAUCAGUCGCUACUCUGGCUUUCUUUUACAAUAUUCCAAAGAUGAUUGAUGAUGGAAUCAUUGACAGUAAUGGGACUCCGUUCAAGAAACAAAUGAUUCAGUUUGCACCCAACAUGCCUGAAAUCAACAGUACAAACUUUAUUUGGGCAAACAUUGGUGGCGGUGUAGCCCAAAAGAUACUCUUUGACUAUUUAUGGAAGACCAAAGAAGCUGUGAAAGUUGCAGAUACCCUUAUUGGCAACUCAACCUAUGGCUUUGAACCUGGAGCAUUCAACUUGGUUCCAAAUAUGCUUCCAAUAGGACCUCUUUUGGCGAGUAACCGACAAGGAAAUUCAACAGGAUACUUCUGGCAAGAAGACACAGCAUGCUUGGAAUGGCUUGAUCAACAACAGCCUAACUCAGUCAUUUAUGUUGCAUUUGGCAGAAACUGGGGGAGAUAA